UGCAGGAAAGUUUGGGAAUUUCGGGCACACUAGAAGAAAGAGGAAGUGUUGCGUUGAAGAAGUUUCGAUUACGGACGUGUGGGGAUCCAGGACUCCAGUCAGUAAGGAAAGGGAGAGAUGUAUAGACGGCAACCCGUCUGCGAGUGAACUUUACUUGCACUUCAACAAGGAUUAUUAGUAUUUCUGCCUAUUCUACCACUUCAAUUGCAACACAUCGGAGGCAGUUUUUCCAAAUAUUUGUAAUGCACACCGCGAUUUUCUGAUUUAAUCCAUUCAUUCGUCUGCAGAAAGUUGGUAUAAGUCCAGAGUUGUAUGAAAGUGCCCACGGGGUCCUGCCGCCUUUGACAGCAGGUUAUGAGUGAAGUGAUCGUUUAUAGUUUUUUUUUUUUUAUUGUAUUGGUGGACUGUUGAUAUUGAGCUUUCACUCUCACAUGUCACUCUGACCCGGUCAGCGAACACCGGUGAUUGUUGAUCACUGUUAAAUCAAAGUGACGCGACUGAAAGUGAAAGCGAUCGGUCAUUCAUUCCAAUGCUUUACAGCAGGCGCCUUUUAAGAAGUGUGAGACUUUGAAUCUUUGAGUCUUGAUCAUGCCAGUGAGAAAGAAAGACGCUCAGAGGGCACUGCAGCUUCUGGAGGAAUACAGAACUAAACUCAGUCAGACUGGAGACCCUCAUCUCAGACUUUCAAUUGAGAGAGUCAUCAACAUAUUUCAGAGUACACUCUUCCAGGCUCUUAUAGAUAUCCAGGAAUUUUAUGAAGUGAGCCUUCAGGAUAAUGAGGAUAAGCCCACAGAGCCAUCAAGCCUUAAAACCAGAGAACCUUUUCCUCCUGUUAAUGAAUGGAAUCUCGCUGGCCCUCCCAGCACCACUGGACCAACAGAAACUGUGCCCAACAUCCAUAUCCAAAGCGAAGAGAAAUAUAGAUAUCAGGAUGAGGAUACCACAUCUCCUCCAGAACACAGCUCUCCACACCUACCAGGGGAUGUGCGUCCUCCCGAGCUGGUGCAGGUAUCGGAGAAGAACAUCUCCCAGAUUGAGAAUGUACAUGGCUAUGUUUCCCAUUCACACAUCUCUCCUAUGAAGGUAGAGUCUCUGGAGUGCGUUUUUGAUGGGCCCUCGACAUUAGGAGGUGAGGAGGUUCCAGCCCCCGCCUUUGCCACACUAUACUCGCAAAGUGACACACUGAUACAGCAGGCAGAUGUCAUUCCUCCCUCCGCUCCCAUAAUCCCUGUGAUCCCUAUCCCACCCGUCCCAGCCGAGACCACUGCCAUUCCAGCACCCACGUCACAGGCAAGCCCAGCACCGGUGGUGGUGAACACAGAAAGCCUUGACACCUCACCCUAUGUAAGUCCAUAUGUGAAUGGAACAGAAGCUGAUUAUGAAUAUGAAGAAAUUACACUUGAACGGGGGAACUCGGGCCUGGGUUUCAGUAUUGCAGGCGGUACCGAUAACCCCCACAUCGGUGAGGACCCAAGCAUCUUUAUCACCAAGAUCAUCCCAGGAGGAGCUGCCGCACAAGAUGGCAGACUCAGAGUUAAUGACUGUAUACUGCGGGUAAAUGAUGUAGAUGUGAGAGAUGUAACUCACAGCAAUGCUGUGGAGGCUCUGAAGGAGGCAGGCUGCAUUGUCAGACUGUACGUCAGAAGAAGAAAAGCCGUCUCAGAAAAAAUAAUGGAUGUAAAGCUGGUAAAAGGUCCUAAAGGUCUAGGUUUCAGUAUAGCUGGAGGAGUUGGGAACCAACAUAUUCCUGGGGACAACAGUAUUUAUAUCACCAAAAUCAUUGAGGGAGGAACUGCCCACAAAGAUGGAAGGCUGCAGAUUGGGGAUAAACUUCUGGCUGUGAAUGCUGCUUGCCUUGAAGAGGUCACUCAUGAAGAUGCCGUGGCUGCCUUGAAAAACACCCCUGAUGUUGUCUAUUUAAAAGUGGCGAAACCUACUAGUGUCUUUAUGAAUGAUAGUUACGUUCCUCCCGAUGUCACCAGCUCCUAUUCCCAGCACAUGGAGAACCAUAUCAGCACCCAAAGCUAUCUGAGUCAGUCAUUAACCCCCGCCACCCCAUCUCGGUACUCUCCUAUCUCAAAAGGCAUGCAGGGAGAUGAUGAGAUCACAAGGGAGCCUAGGAAAAUAGUCUUGCAUAGGGGCACCACAGGACUUGGCUUCAACAUUGUAGGAGGAGAGGAUGGAGAGGGAAUCUUCAUCUCCUUCAUAUUAGCAGGAGGUCCUGCAGACCUGUGUGGAGAAUUGAGGAAAGGAGACCGUAUCAUCUCUGUAAAUGGGGUGGACCUCCGCAGUGCAACACACGAACAGGCGGCUGCAGCACUGAAGAAUGCUGGACAGACUGUCACCAUCAUAGCGCAGUACAGACCUGAAGAGUACAGUCGAUUUGAAGCCAAAAUCCAUGAUCUACGGGAGCAGAUGAUGAACAGCAGUAUUAGUUCAGGCUCCGGCUCCUUGCGGACUAGUCAGAAGAGGACAUUGUAUGUCAGAGCCCUGUUUGAUUAUGACAUAACAAAAGACUCGGGCCUGCCCAGUCAGGGGCUGAACUUCCGAUUCGGCGACAUCCUACACGUCCUGAAUGCCUCGGACGAGGAGUGGUGGCAGGCGCGGCAUGUGACUCCAGAUGGCGAGAUGGAGGAGAUGGGCGUCAUUCCCAGCAAGAAGAGGGUGGAGAGAAAAGAAAGAGCCAGGUUAAAGACGGUCAAAUUCAACUCGAAGUCUCGAGACAAAGCGCAGUCAUUCAAUGACAAGCGUAAAAAGAACCUCUUUUCGCGAAAAUUCCCUUUCUACAAGAACAAGGACCCCAGCGAACAGGAAACAAGCGAUGUGGACCAGCAUGUAACAUCUAACGCCAGCGAUAGUGAAAGUAGUUACCGUGGACAGGAAGAGUAUGUCCUCUCUUAUGAGACGGUCACGCAACAGGAAGUGAGUUAUACCCGUCCAGUGAUUAUCCUUGGACCCAUGAAAGACCGGAUCAACGAUGAUCUAAUCUCAGAGUUUCCAGACAAGUUUGGGUCAUGUGUUCCCCACACGACUAGACCAAAGCGAGACUACGAGGUUGAUGGCAGAGACUACCAUUUUGUUGCCUCACGGGAGCAAAUGGAAAAAGACAUUCAGGAUCACAAGUUCAUUGAGGCCGGCCAAUAUAACAACCACCUCUACGGGACAAGUGUGCAGUCAGUUCGAGAGGUUGCUGAAAAGGGCAAACACUGCAUCCUGGAUGUCUCAGGCAAUGCCAUCAAACGACUCCAGUUAGCACAGCUCUACCCCAUUGCGGUGUUCGUGAAACCAAAAUCAGUGGAGAAUAUUUUAGAGAUGAAUAAGAGAUUGAUGGAGGAGCAAGGCAGGAAGACUUAUGACAGAGCCAUGAAACUGGAGCAAGAAUUCCUAGAGCACUUCACCGCCAUUGUUCAAGGGGACACAUUAGAAGAGAUCUACAACCAGGUUAAGCAAAUCAUCGAGGAGCAGUCUGGGCCGUUCAUCUGGGUACCAGUCAAAGAGAAAUUGUGAGAUGGCUGGAGACAAAUAAACCUUAUUCUUCUUUAAACUUUUCUUUUUGUAUUUUUUUUUUUUUUUUUUUCUGUUUUCCUUUUUUAUACUAACCUGGCCUGCUGCUGACAUUGGCUUUCUGACCCCUGAGCAUAGGAAACACAUUUUCUUUGGAUGGGCUUGGGGUCAUGGUGGUCUUACAGCCACCUCUCUCUCUCUCUCAUGCCUCUCUUUGAAACUGCUGUCUAGAACUCGCAUCCCAAUUUCCGCAUUUCAUCCUCUGGUGGGAGGAGACAUGCCUGAACAGCGACUUACUGGACAGAUUAUACGGUACAGAUUCCUUAAUGUUUAAGGGAGGUGACUUUCUCGAAGGAAAACCAAUGAGUUAAUGCAUUAUAUACAUUUUGGUUUGUUCUUUUUUUCCCAAAUAUGAUCAGAAGUUAAAGCUUUCAUGUCUGUCUCUGAAAAGACAUAAAGCAACACUUUGCACGUUUUUGCAUUAAGAGCAUGUUUUGGAUUAUUCUUUUUCAGUUAACAUUUGUUCUUACGUUUUUUUCAGACACAUUUGAGCUAUGUGAACUGCAGCUGUCAUAUUACUUUUGUUUUCUCUCGUUUAUCUUGUAAAAUCAAGCAGCCCACUCACUUUACGCAGCUGAUCAGUUUUUUUGUCACAAGUGCACAAAGAGGACAAAAACAUUUGGCACAAAAGUUCUUCUUUUUAUAUUAAAUGUCUAUUUGUCUUAACAAUCUGUGUACAUUUUAAUCAAGGUGCAUAUGGGAGUAGCUUAUAGUUGAGGUGAAGAAAGGAACGGCUUACGAUUAUCUUUCAAAUCCAGGUGAUGACAUAUUCUUACUUCAAGAAACAGCAAUGCAAAUAAGAGAGUAUAAAUUGUAAUGUAUAUUCAAUCCCUCAGUAUACUGCCUAUUUUGUUAUAAUAAAAGUCUAUAUUGAGCUUUAAUUAAACUCUAUACCUAUGGGAAUUAUUUUCUUUAUAAUGUCAAACAUACACUCAUAUAAAUAUGUGUGUAUGUAUAUAAAAAUAAAUAUAAAUAUAUAUAUAUUUUCAUUUACUUUUACCUCCAUCACUUUUGUUGUUUAUGGUUUGUUUUUAUGCAAAAACAACACUGACUCACAGGACACCCGGGCUGAAUGGUGGUGUUCCAUUUGCAUCUGCUCAAACAAUAUGAAAAAAAACUCAAGUUGGCAGUUUGUAGUCUUCAGCUCUCUCUCUCUCCUAUGUAGUUAUGUCAUGUUUACUUUUUCAUGUGACUUGCAUGAUUUCUAAAAGCAAUAGUCUGACACGUUAAAUAUGAGUGAGAAGCGGGGGAUAGGGCUUCUCUUUCUGUUUUCACCUGGGAUUGUGAAAAUGUCAGAGUUAGCAUGAACUGUAAACGUUAGAGGCUUGGAGAUUCUUGCCUCCAUGUGUGUGAACUUGUCGAUUGCCCAAAAGAGAGAUUUGCUUUGCCACUCUCUAACACAAGCCUUUAACUCUCCACAGGGGGCGCACUGACAGCAUCCCCUUUUCAUUCUUAAGUUACUCGGAGAUGAUUGUUUUCUAAAAGAUUGCUUCUCUAACUUGUCUUCAUGGCUUUCUAACACACUUUUAUGACUAGAUUAUGUACAUAAUCUGCCAACUUGAUUCAUUCCAUUUGUCAAAGAGGAGAACAGCUAAUAAAAACUUUUUUUCUCAUA